AUUUUAACUAUAAGGACUCAAUUGCAGGCAAUUCACUUCUCCUUCUUCUACAUCUUCCUCUUCUCACUCUCACAACUACCACCAAAUCCACAAGCACAAUGGCCUCCACGAACCAACCCGAAGAACCCAUCACCAUCCCCGCGGACCGGGAUGGAGUGGCCUACCUGUACGGCCACCCUCUCCUCAACUCGCUGUCGCCCCCGCUCCACAAGACAGUAUACGAGAAGCUGGGUCUGAACUGGAUUCAGAUCCCGCUGUCAAGCGUGACAGGCACAUCGGAGACGUACCCGCCGCCGUACACCCGGUCGCCGCCGAUCGACAAGUUCCUUGCCUCGAUCCGCUCGAACCCGAAAUUCGUGGGCUCAUCGGUGACGAUGCCAUGGAAGGUAGGCAUCAUGCCACAUCUGGACGACCUGACGGAGGACGCGCGACAAGCGGGGGCAUGCAACACGAUCUUCAUCCGGACGGACGCGGCGACGGGGAAGCGAGAGUACGUGGGCACGAACACGGACUGCAACGGGAUCCGCGAGGCGCUGGUGCAGAACACGGCGGACCCGGAGUCGUUCCGCGGCAAGCCGGCGCUGGUAGUGGGCGGCGGCGGCACGGCGCGCACGGCCGUCUACGUCUUCCGCAAGUGGCUCGGGGCCAGCCAGAUCUACAUCGUCAACCGCGACGCCGCUGAGGUCGCCGCCAUCCUGGAGGAGGAUCGCCAGCGGAACGCCGGCGUCGAGAACCUGCCCCCGCUCAUCCCCGUCACGGACCCCGCCGUCGCCGCCUCCCUCGAGGCCCCCGCCGCCAUCGUCUCCGGCAUCCCCAAUUACCCGCCCAAGACCCCCGAGGAGAUCAACGCCCGCAACGUCCUCCAGGCCCUGCUCGGCCGCAAGGACGACGGCAAGCCCAAGGGCGUCAUCCUCGAGAUGUGCUACCACCCUGUCCCCUGGACUGAGAUCGCCGAGCUCGCCGACGCCGCUGGCUGGAAGGUCAUCCAGGGCUCCGAGGCCCUGAUCUGGCAGGGUCUGGAGCAGGCCCGUCUCUGGACUGGUCGCGAUAUCAUCGGCACGCCUGGCGUCGUGGAUGCCGUCAAGGACCUCGUCGCGAAGACGAUCGCCGAGAGAACGCAGGCCAAGUCGGCUUAA